AUGUCUUUUCCACCAGCACCACCAACGGCAGCAAUACCAGCUCCACCAACUGCAGGAGUACCAGCACCUCCAACGGCAGCAAUACCAGCACCUCCAACGGCAGCAGUACCAGCACCUCCAACUGCAGCAGUACCCCCACCACCACCAACUGCGGCAAUACCAGCACCUCCAACGGCAGCAAUACCAGCUCCACCAACUGCAGGAGUACCCCCACCACCACCAACGGCAGGAGUACCAGCUCCACCAACUGCAGGAGUACCCCCACCACCACCAACGGCAGCAGUACCACCACCACCAACUGCAGCAAUACCAGCUCCACCAACUGCAGCAAUACCAGCACCUCCAACGGCAGCAAUACCAGCUCCACCAACUGCGGCAGUACCCCCACCACCACCAACUGCGGCAGUACCAGCACCUCCAACUGCAGCAGUACCCCCACCACCACCAACUGCAGGAGUACCCCCAGCACUGUCAACUGCAGCAGUACCAGCUCCACCAACUGCGGCAGUACCCCCACCACCACCAACUGCGGCAGUACCAGCACCUCCAACUGCAGGAGUACCAGCUCCACCAACUGCAGGAGUACCCCCAGCACUGUCAACUGCAGCAGCUCCUCUUGCCCCGGGAACAGUUCCGCUGCCAGCGAUGCCUGCGGCUGCAACUGCAACGGGUAUGUCUCCACUUUCGAAUGCUCCCUUGUUGGGGGCCACUGCGCUUCCUCCGCAGUUGCAGACUGCUUCCUACCCCCCUAAUGCUGUUGGUCCUCUUCCCAAGCCACUUAUUUCUGAAGAAACGCGACGGCAGUUAGAAGAAGCUGUGCUACAGCAAUUUAAAAGUGCAGCCGGUGAUCAGUACUUAGACCUAGAUGAGGUGGUGAGAGACCAUGUUUGCAAGUUAUUUUUUUUGAGUAACUAUGAGGUGGGGACAAUGAUGAGCAAUAUUGUAAAGGGACUUCAGUGCUUGGGACGUUACGAUGUUGGUUUACUUCGCAAUGAUGAUAGUACCGCAUUUACUGUCAUUCAGUCUCCACCAUUUAAUGAGGCCCUUGUGACGGAUGAGUCACAGGAAGUUGAAAGACGACGACAGGCCAUACGGGAAGGGCAAAAUCGAAUAGAGCGGGCAGAUAAUCGUUCCAAAGCUAGAUUUCUAGGUGUGGCUAAAACUGGAGUGGAGACUAAGGAAGGGGCAAAUUAUGGCUCUUCUCAGCGUGUAGAAAAAAAUGUAACAAAGGGGGCAACAAAUUUACCAAAAUCUUCGUAUGAACAUAUACAAGAGUUGUUACGCGCUCGCCAAAUAAAGAAAUCAGGCGGAAGACGGAGCGCUUCAGCAAACCCUCAUAGUCAGCGACACGCAUCGCCAGCGGGGGACGGCUAUCUGCUUUGGCGCUACGGCGGUAACUAUCCCAAGGAAAACUAUUAUGAACAUUAUCGCUUGUAUGGGCUGAAGAAGUGA